AUGCGGCUCGUUUACCUGCCGCCCAACACUACUUGCUUCACCCAGCCCCUUGACCAGGGCUUGAUUGCGAUGGCGAAGGCGCGUUAUCGCGCACAUUGGGUGCGGAAGUUCACCGGCAUGUGGGCGGCUGAAGGCGCGACAUCCACUGCGGCGCGUUUCAGGCCGAACCUACGCGAUGUGAUCGCGUGGCUCAACGACGCCUGGAUGAACAUCCCGCUGCGCACCAUCCAGCGGUGCUGGUGGCGCACGGGAUGCCUUCCGCACGUAUGGGCCAUGGAGCUGGCUCAUGUGGGGGCACAGGCUAUCCGCGAUCCCGACACCAUGGCCGACAUUGGCCUCGAUGGGGAGGUCAACGACGUUGGCCUCCUCAUCGACCGGCUCUGCCUCGGUUCCUGCGUGAUGGCACCGCACGAUUUCGUGGCGCUGGACGACAAUCAGCCCACUUGCGCGGAGCCGGGUGAUGAUCCCCUCGCUGUCGAGCCGACGCCGGCCCCAACGCACGACACGUGGGCGCCUCCCUCAACAAUGCAGGAGGUGUACGACGACGCCAACCUGGCGUCGCGUGAAGCUCGGCGCACAGCUCGCGCGGCGUGCGAAAUGCUCAUCGGUUAUGCUAAGGCGACCUGCAGACUCCCCGUCCUCGUGGCAGGGUCCUCCCUGCCUGGAUGA